AUGGACGUAGGUGCUACUGGUGCUGCUGGAGCUGCUGGAGGUACUGCUGCCGCUGGAGGUGCUGCUGGCGCUGCUGGAGGUACUAUUGGUUCUGGUGCUGCUGGAGCUGCUGGAGCUGCUGCUGCUGCUGGCGGUGCGGCUGGCGCUGCUGGAGGUGCUGCUGGUGCUGCUGGCGCUGCUGGAGGUGCUACUGGUGCUGGAGAUACUGGAGCUGCUGGUGGUACUGCUGCUGCUGGCGGUGCUGCUGGCGCUGCUGGAGGUGCUGCUGGUACUGGUGCUGCUGGAGCUGCUGGAGGUGCUGCUGCUGCUGGUGGUGCUGCUGGCACUGCUGGAGGUGCUGCUGGUACUGGAGCUGCUGGGGACCCUGCUGCUGCUGGCGGUGCUGCUGGAGCUGCUGGGACUGGCCCUGCUGAGGGGGUUGGAGCUGGAGGUGCUGAGCGGCCACGGCCGUACUACGUUCCGCUCCUUCAGCAGGUUCUUGGCCUUCCGCCCUCUCCUGGUCCUACUCCUCCCCUACUGAGUCCACCGCUUGUCCAGUCGCAGUCACAGUUACAGCCAGUCUCUCCACUUCCUGGUCCUUCUCCCUACACUGCGCCGACGGGAGGUCUUACGGAGCGUCGUGAGCCUGAGUCUCGUCCUCCGUCGCCUGAGACUCGUCCAGAGUCGUCUGAGUCGCGUCCAGAGUCGCCUGUCCGCGCUGUCCGCGCUGGUCGUCGUGUUCCACGUCAGCGUCCUCCUCCUGUCCUUGGCACUCACUAUAUGACCCUGCGUCCCUCUACUGCUCCACAGCGUGUCCCACUGCCGUCUCCACCAGCGUCCUCUCUUCCUGCUCUUGCUGACCCGGAGUCUGACUCUCUUCGUGCUGCCAGUCCUACUGUCACGCGUCUCCUUGCCACUACUGUCACUGACCCUUCCUUUGAGUCCUCUGCUGCGUCUGCUCUAGUCGCUGAGCUUGUUGACUUUGCUGCUGCCUGUCGUCUAGACUACGCCGCUAGCCUUGUUGCUGAGUCUGAGUCUGAGUCUGUCUGUCCUCCGUCUGUCGGGGGUGAGUGUGCUCUUGGCACGGACGUCCUUGAGGACAGACAGGAGGAGUUUGAGUGCUUUGCCGCUGCUUUGCCUCAUCUCGUGUCCAUGCUAGUUGCCCCUGAGGGAGACCCGGAUGCACCAGACAUCCCGACCCCACGCUCCUACGCAGAGGCGAUGGAGGGUCCCUACUCCUCUCAGUGGCAGACAGCAAUGGACGCAGAGAUGGCUUCCUGGAAGUCCACAGGCACCUACGUCGACGAGGUUCCCCCACCUGGGGCGAACAUCGUCAGUGGCAUGUGGAUUUUCAGGGUGAAGCGGCCGCCGGGUUCUCCGCCUGUCUUCAAGGCGCGUUACGUUGCACGAGGCUUCAGUCAGCGAGAGGGAGUUGACUUCUUCCAGACCUUCUCCCCGACCCCGAAGAUGACCACUCUUCGGCCUGCACGAGGAGAUCUGGCUGCGCCGCCCACCUGGCUUCACUGGGUCGUUCCCUCCUGGUACCCAGUGGAGCCUCCGGCGGCCAGUCUACGGUCUCCGCCAGGCACCCGUGAGUGGCACGACACACUGAGGACUACUCUUGCUGCUCUUGGGUUUGCUCCUUCUACUGCUGACCCGUCGCUGUUUCUACGCACCGACACCACUCUGCCGCCGUUCUACGUUCUUGUUUACGUAGACGACUUGGUCUUUGCUACUGCUGACACUGAGGCACUCGCCCACGUGAAGUCGGAGCUGCAGAAGAGACACACGUGCACAGACCUGGGUGAGCUGACAAGCUAUCUUGGCUUGCGGAUCACCCGGGACAGAGCACAGCGCACCAUCACCUUGACUCAGUCACACAUGGUGCAGCAGGUCCUUCAGCGCUUCCGCUUCACGUACUCCUCGCCUCAGCCCACUCCUCUGCCUACCGGUCACUCGCUCUCAGCUCUGCCUUCGGAUGAGUCCGUAGAGCCGAGUGGCCCGUAUCCAGAGCUUGUGGGCUGCCUCAUGUACCUGAUGACCUGCACUCGACCUGACCUGGCAUACCCUCUUAGCAUCCUAGCACGCUAUGUCGCUCCCGGCCGUCACCGGAAGGAGCACAUGGAUGCCGCUAAGAGGGUGUUGCGCUACUUGUGCAGUACGUCGGGCAUGGGGCUCGUGCUUGGAGGUCGGAGCGACGUUGUCCUCACGGGUCACUCAGACGCUUCUUGGGCUGACGACCAGGCUACGCAGCGGUCGUCUCAGGGUUACACCUUCAGCCUUGGCUCUGGUUCAGUUUCUUGGCGUUCUACUCGCUCUUCUUCUGUUCUCAGCUCCAGUUGUGAGGCUGAGAUCUACGCCACAGCCAUGGCUGCACAGGAGUUACGCUGGCUCACCUACCUGCUGACCGACCUGGGAGAGCGGCCUCGUUCUCCUCCAGUGCUGUACGUUGACAACAAGGCCGCCAUUGCCUUGUGUGAGGAGCACAGACUGGAGCACAGGACGAAGCACAUCGCUCUGCGCUACUUCCUUGCUCGAGAGCUGCAGCAGCGUGGUCAGCUUCGUCUGCGUUACGUGGCCACUCGGGCCAACACUGCUGAUGUGUUCACCAAGGCACUUCAGCCUUGUGACCAUCAGCGUUUCUGUACUGUUCUAGGCCUUGUGCCUACUCUCCCUCACUUGCUCACUUCUUGA